GACUCCAAAAAAGAAAAUUUAUAAAGAAUUUGCUGCGAAAUACAGAUGAAAUAGUAGCGAUAAUUUCUUAAAAGAAAAAGAAGAACGUUACGGAAACUUUUCCGGUUGUUUCCGUAGUUUACACGUGAGACUGAGAAAAAGUUGAAGUGAAAGUUUCCAGCUAAGUGAAAGUUAUUCGACUUGACGCGAUCUAUUAAAAAUUCUGACGAAAUAGUUUAGUUGCAGUACAAUGUAUCAUCGUCCGGGAGAUCGUUUUAACUUCGUCCAUCCUAGUAGCGCUGAGAACAACAACAAUAAUAAUACCAACCAGGUCCGAAGAUAUCCCACAAACAAUAAAAACAUCAAUUAUUGGCGUCCACCUUCUACCAACAGUAGAAUUAACAGUCCAUAUAUACAUUCAUGGAAUGGAAAAAAUAUAGGAUUUGGAUACCCUUCAUUUUCACAUUCGAUGCAUUAUGGUUUUCAAACUUCGAAUAACCAAAAACUAAUUAAUAUAUUGCCGCCUAGUGUUCCAGUACAUCAUACAUCCCUCAAUAACUCUGGUUAUUUUAGAGUUCCGUUGCGCAAACCGUUCAACAACUACCAAAAAACCAAACCCGGUGUUAAAAUUUCUGCUAAAAAUAAAGCGAAACUUUUAAAGAGAUCGAAGAUGCAGCGCCUGAAAGCAGCCAAAAAACGCACGACAAACGCACAAUCUUCCAAACAACAAAAUAAAUUUAAACAUAAUCCUCCAAGGAAAAGGGCUGCUAGAAAAGCAAGAUGGAAAAAAAUCGAUUUGAAAUCUAAAACUCGAAAUGCAUCCCAUGAAUCCACUCCUCAGGAAAAGCCGAACUUAACCAACCCUACGUCAAGUACAGCAUUGGUAAGUGCUUGGUUAACGAACAACUUUGAAACACCUUUUUCAUCCAGACUGAGUAAUCGUUCUUUCAGUUUAGAGACUAUAGAUAAUUCUACAGAUGCAGUGGUACCUUUGUAUGCAGCCGGUUGCCCCUCAGACUUAAGGAAUGUCGAACACGGUGCGACGAGUUUUACUCUUCCUGAUAAUAUAUCAAUGUGGUCAGGAAUGGAAUCUUGUAGCUUAGUCGAAAGCCAGGAAUUGCAACAUUCCAAGCCAGCAAACUUCGGUAAACUUCUGACCACAGAAAGUCUUUUACAACUAGAGAAAGAAGAGUUAGUUGCUUUAGUACUCAGUCUUCAGAAACAAGUUCUCUCCGACAACAACCGAACUUGCAGAGUUGCAAAUACUUCCGCCGUCCACUCCAGUUUGCCAGACAAUGAAAGGUCCGAUGUACAUCCCAGUAACCCUAUGGAAUCUAAUCCUAGUUCCUAUCCGAAUCAGAGCUGUAGCAGAAUGUCCGUGAAAGCCGACCCAGAGUUACUAAAUUCAAAUUGUGCUGACAUUUCAUCACCAGGCGACAUGAUGCCAACGAUGACCGAAACAACGACAGAUGUGUCUGGAAUUAAACAGGAAACAAAACCUCUCUGUUGAAAACAAAACCUGUGGAAUUAAUAAGUGGUAAAACCCAGAGGUUAUUCAGCACCCACAUCUGACUGGAGUGGGAGAGAUUUGUAUAUAGUUAAUGUGACCUGAUAAAUGACACAGGUAUACAAGAACAGUAUUGUUUAUACACACACACAUCUAUUCAUAUACAUACACUGCACAUAUGUAAGGUCGUGUGUCGCACUUAGGAAGGACCCCAUACAUAAUUAGACAAGACCCGUAUACAUUUCUGUACCUUUUACUUGUGAAGUUAAGUGUGUGUGUGUAUAUAUAUAUAUAUUGAUGAUGGAUUCUCUGUCCGUCUCAACUAUAUGCAUUCUGUUGUUCAACCAACUGAAUUCCUCAAUGAGAAAUUAAAGUGUAUAUGACUGAAUAUUCCGCAGACACAUGUAACCAUUAUGUAAUUCUCUGGUGAAAUCCGCAUGGCAAAAUAUGACAUGGUUGCACCUCUGAAUUAUUGGUACAAUCUAGGGACAACAGAGAUAGAAAAAGAAAAAUCGCCCCAAGUACUGGUAUUUUGUUUAUUGACCCAGAAAGGAAGAAAAGUAAAGUUGACCUCGACGGGAUUCGAACUCCGAACGCAGAGGGCCGGAAUAACUAUCUCAUGGUAUUUUUUCCAACCAGUUUGCUUCAAUAUCUUCUUUGGUAGUAAAGCCUUCAUUCAUCAAUGUUCUCCAAUCAUUGGUUCACUAUUAAACUCUCCCUUUCUCUUUUCUUCUAAUGGUAUUACAUUUCUGUUACUUUUGAAUUUUCUAUCUACCAUCUCUUCUCCUUCAUAAACAUACAAGCAUAACCUUAGGUUCCAUAAUUAACACUUACUUAUCCCUCCUCAUAUUAGCAAUGUGACCACUAUAUAUCUCUUGUGAAACUACCUGCUCAAAUGUCAAGAAUCCAAAUCCAUCACUUGUCUUUUGGAUUAUAUACUGAAUUUUAUGUGGCUUCAGUUCGACAAGCUGUCUGUAUCAAACCAAUAGACUAGCACAUUCUAUUUAUUUUUCCACUUGGUUUAUUAGCCAAGGAACAUUCCUUGAAAGCCUUACAUGGUUUUGGAAAACAUUUGCAUAUUUCUUUUAAUCCUUCUCAAUUAUUUCAUCUUGCUGGCUCUCACAUACGAACCACUCCUAUGUGGGAUUGACAUAAUCAACUGUUCUUCCCUGCAUACACACCAAAAAUUGUAAUUUUGUGCCCUUGUUGCAUCUCUUCACUCAAGAGUUUGCAUUCUACAGAGAUUAACUUAGCUCUUUAUUGUCCAGGGUUGAUAAAAUAAGAUUCUAUCAAUGAAAUUGAUAGCAUUCGCCUCCAAACUUUGUAACCUUAGAAAUUUUAAUUUUUUAGAUUUAUUUUGUUUAUUUUUUGUAUCGUUAGAAACAGAGGGAGCUAGAUGGUAGGGAUCUACAAUGAAAGAAAAGGAAUGGUCUCUUUAAUAGGCUUCCAUACAGUUUCUAUUCACCUAAUUUUUUUAUAUGGUUAUGGUAAAAGGUGCUUGCUUAGAUUGCCAUGCAGUGGGAUUGAAACUAGUAUCCUUUUGCUGCCAAAUGAACAUCAUGCAAUGGUUGACUUAGUAGACAUCACCCAUUUGCAGUGUCUUUAUAUUUCCAGCUUUAAAUGAAUAAAUAACCUUUUUAAAUAGACUUAAUGGUACUCAAAUUUCUGGAGAGAAUUUAAUAACAAAAGACCUAGUUUUUAGUGAUGUGAAAUUGCUAAAACAAGGUACCUGUUACAGCUGUAUUAGUUUUUACUCUCUUUUUACUUCUGUAAUCUAAUAAUAAAGUUUUCAAAACUGAAUAACUUUUAUGUACCAUGAGAAGAAAAAAAAUUUUAACAUUUCAAUUAGAGUUCUUAAUCCUUAUUUCUUUUCUCCAAAUAAGGGCAAAAAUCACAUAAACAUAUUUAUUAAACUGAUCUUUGCCACUACAGAUCACUGCUAGUUUCCUUAGGCCAAAAAAAAAAAAGGAACCUUAGAAAUAGCAACCAAAAUUCUCUCAAAUUACACCUACUGUCUUAGAAAGAAAAAAAAAUUACAUGAUGUAGUACUGGAUACACUAGCCCCCCCCCCCCUAAGAAAGAAAAUGUGAAUAAUCAGGGAUGGCUUUCCUUUGAUCAUAGAUCUAGUCAAUCAAUGGAGAUGGAUCUGAGGCUAAGCAAUAGUAUCAACAUUGUCAAUCAUUGGUUUCCUCAGACUCUGGCAUUGAAGUUUUAUAACAGUUACACCAAAUGUUAAACUUCCAUAUGGUCCAUCUGCAACAAGUUUUGUAAGGACCAAAUGCUUCAUAUCUGUUAUAUGCUUUUAAUAAAUGUUGUGAGGAAUGGGGGUACUACAGAACAAGAAAUAGUCUCUCAUCAAUGUAAGCUGUAGAGGGAGGUCUUAAAAAUCUGAUUGAUGCCUUUUUUUUUUUUAUUGUACUUGUCUUUUGUUGUUGCAACUUCCCAAUUUUAUUUAUCCCUUUGAAAACAAUGAUAUAUAUAUAUUUUAAUAAAAUAUUCUGUUUUGUAAAAUA